AUGGCAACAGCAGUUUCAGACGACGGCCACAGGACCAUGUUAUCAUGCUUGGACUGUUGCAACGUCACAACUCCUCAAUUCCGUGCACCGAAUCUGGGCCUAGCUAAAAAAAAUGUUUCCAGAAAGGAGAUUCAGCAAACGGAAGAGAUGCUUGCUUCCGAAAUGAACCGCCUUACGGUUCAAGAGAGAGCGGAAGCUUUAGAUGAUAUUCAUUGCGUUGGCGAAGAGCUCAAGGAGACUCCUGAGAUGAUUCAGCAAUCACUAAGAGAGUUUGAGCUUGCCGUUCAAAACGAGAAGAACCUCAUCUAUCAAAUGGCUGCUAGUCAGAAUCAGUCAUAUGUCGAAGACCCAUCAUUUCGUUUGAAGUUUCUCCGAGCCAAUAUGCACAAUGUUCAUCGCUCGGUUCGUCAGAUGAUGAAUUUUUUGCGAUACAAAGCUACAUACUUUGGAAAUGAUAAAGUUGCGCGGGACAUUACACUGGAUGAUUUGAACGAAGAAGAUAUGAAGUGGAUGCUUUCAGGUCUAUUUCAUAUUCAGGACGGAAGAGACCAAAGUGGCCGAGUGAUUAUAUAUCUGUCCAACACGCUGUUAGGAAAAUGCAAGGCUGACACGUUAAUACGUGUUGCUUAUUACAUUUGGUUCAACAUCCUGAUCCCCAUACCUGAAGUCCAAAUGAAAGGGUUAGUGGGCGUCUACUUUGAUGCGUCCAAACCAGGAGAAAAUAUUGCCAUUCCUGGAUUCAAUUCCUUUCUGACAAUCAUGAGCUUUACGUGCUCUCUUCCCAUGCGCUACUCAGCAGCACACCUUUGCGUCAAGGGCGAAGACAAGGGGAACCUUGCUCUUAACAAUGCUAUUCUUGGAUUUGCCAUGAACGCUUAUCCACAAUCCACUCGCGUGAGGUCAAGACUUCACCAUGGAUCCACGAUUGAGCUUCAGUAUCAGCUCCGACCCUAUGGUAUUCCGAUCAACACCUGUCCUAUCGACACAGCUGGCAACAUUCGCACAGACAUCUUGAAUGUAUGGUUUCAGAAGCAUCUGGAGUUAGAGGCACUCAAGAAUCAAUCCCUUCAAGAUAUCCCUGCACCCAAUGACCAGGACAUGAUGAUGCUGUUACCUAACGAGGAAGAAUUGGAUGGCCUGUUUGGUGACUAUGAUGCUGGUGGAAACAUUGAUUUUGAAGAAGGCUCCAGACAAACCGUGGACGACUUUUCGUCAUUGGAUUUCAUUAAUCGCAUAUCACCCGUUGCCAUCGAGGCACGCAACGAAAAAAGAGAAGCAAAACCAGCAAGCAUUUUUGGACCAACCGAAACCGAUGUUGUGCUCGGACGGGGCCGAGACAUUCAAAAUCAUGAAGGGAAUAUUCGGUUUCGAAAGUUGCUCGUGGAGUACCAUGACGAGUACGAUGUUGCCCCGCGGUUCAAGAGGCGCAAGAUUGUGACGGAUUUGAGGGAACUCCUGAAUAGUAGAGGCAUUCGAUUUCUACAGCAACGAGGUUCGAAUGAGUGGGAAGAGGUUGAUACCAAAGCGGCAGAGCUGAAGAUUGCCCAACUCUUCCGCAGUAUUCGGAAAAAGAAGGGCCCAAUAUCAUCCUAG